AUGGAUGAGGAGAGCAGUGAAGCAGGAACCUCUGUGCACAGACGGCGUUACGCUCAAGUCUGCGUUCAAGCUGCAAACACGCACCUCCUCCAGACUUUUCUUGACUUCACAUAUCUCCCCCAUUCAUCGUGCCUUGCCGCGAUCAUCGUCGCCGUUCGUACCAGCUAUCGCCGCCGGCGCGGCCUUCGACAGGCCUGUGAACACAUGGACAGCACCAAAGACGCCUGCCACCUCGAUUGUCGCUUCCGCAGAACCACUUCCUCGCCAAAUCACAUUUCGAUCAAUCGCUCCAGCGCUGCGACGUACGAUUGA